CUCCGAAGCUGGCCGAGACCUACUGCGUCUGCCACCUGGCAACCGGGGACAUGCUACGGGCCAUGGUGGCCUCGGGGUCCGAGCUGGGCAAGCGGCUCAAAGAGACGAUGGAUUCGGGGAAGCUGGUGAGCGACGAGAUGGUGGUGGAGCUGAUUGAGAACAACCUCGACUCCCCUCCCUGCAAGAACGGCUUCCUCCUGGACGGCUUCCCACGCACGGUAAAGCAGGCCGAAAUGCUGGAUGAGCUCCUGGAGAAGAGGAGAGAGAAGCUGGACUCCGUCAUUGAGUUCAGCAUCCCUGACUCCUUGCUCAUCCGGAGAAUCACUGGACGGCUGAUUCACCCAGCGAGUGGCCGUUCUUACCACGAGGAGUUCAGACCCCCGAAAGAGCACAUGAAGGAUGAUGUCACUGGAGAGCCCCUGAUCCGCCGUUCGGAUGAUAACGAAACAGCCUUGAAAACCCGCCUGAAGGCCUAUCACACGCAGACCUCUCCCCUGGUGUCCUACUACAGCAAGCAAGGGAUCCAUACGGCGGUGGAUGCCUCCCAGUCUCCCGACGUCGUGUUUGCUAGCAUCCUGGCAGCCUUCUCGAGAGCAACAUCUGAGUGACUCCGUGAACCAGAUGAGACACCACCAAACGCUGCACACUGCUACAUCACCCAUUGCAGCCCUCCCCUGGGUGCAGGGGAGGCAGGGAGGGAAGCUGGGAGGGGGUUAUGAUUGAUGGGUGGGGAAAAAGGAGGUGGUAGACAAGGGGCUUGGGGGCUGAUUUGGUUGGUUUUUGUUUGGAUUUCUUAUUCAGCAGAAUCAUUGUGAAGAGGAGAUGGCCUUCUCCUUAUAAAUCACUGUUUGGGGAGGCAAAACAAUUGUACAGAGUGAAACAUCUCUGCCAGUGAUCAGAUGCACGUCCUUGACCUGUCAGGAGGGUAGGGCUAGAUGCUGUUCCAGGUUUCUCCAGGACUUUCAGGGCUUGUCUCAUGGGCUCUUAGUACCCUGAGGCCACUGCAAGGUUUGCUGUGAUUUUUCUAAAGUUGCUUCCUGUCAGCGAGGACCAAAAUGAACAAAUGACUCAUCAUUUCUGAAAUGGAAAGGAAAAAAAGAUGCCAUGGUCUUUUCCUGGAAGUUUUGUUUUUCUUGUUCUGCUGCAUUCCUAAACCCCAGCAUAGAGACUUCUCAAGGUUUCUCUGCUGCUGAACAGAGGGGCUGUGGCUCUAGUCCAAGCCUGCCUUACUUGGCAAUGGGGUGGCUUUUCUGUGAUCCUGACCAAGCUGGAAUUCACACAAUGCUGAAGAAAUGCAAAAGAGACUUUCUUAAUUGACUGCAAAAAUAACACUUAAUUGGUUUUUUUGCAUUUCUUUUUAGAUCAAAUGGUGCCUUGUCUAACCUCUGAAUCAAUAAUAAAAUAACCCCUUUACAUUUUG